GGUCGGUCUGCGCGCCUCAAGUCAAUCCAGAGAGAACAAGGAGCUGUCCGUGACAAACUGAAAGUUACAGAUCGACCAAUAUUCAGGGAUUUUCUUUAAAACAUUCCCGUAAAGCUACAGAGAGCACUAUCUGUUGUGGUUUCUCACCAGGGAGCUUUUUGUUUAAGCUUGUCGGUUAGCCCAGCUAGCCUCGUUAGCCACUUUAGCUGGCUGAUGAAGAAAUUACCAGCUAACCAGCUCCACUCCAUGCUUGCUAACUGAAACUUAGAUUUGUUUGAUCGGAGGACCGCAAACUAACGCAGACAUGCAGGACAUACUGGCUAACGUGGAUCAUAUCAAGUUUGACCUGGAAAUCGCUGUGCAGCAGCAGCUUGGCGCACAGCCUCUGCCCUUCCCCGGCAUGGACAAGUCCGGAUCUGCUGUGUGUGAGUUCUUCAUGAGAGCAGCUUGUGUUAAAGGUGGGAUGUGUCCGUUCCGUCACAUCAGUGGAGAGAAGACGGUGGUGUGUAAGCACUGGCUCAGAGGACUGUGUAAGAAGGGAGACCAGUGCGAGUUCCUCCAUGAAUACGACAUGACCAAGAUGCCUGAAUGCUACUUCUACUCCAAGUUUGGCGAGUGCAGCAACAAGGAAUGUCCAUUCCUGCACAUCGAUCCCGAGUCCAAGAUCAAAGACUGUCCCUGGUAUGACCGAGGCUUCUGCAAACACGGUCCUGACUGCAGACACAGACACACAAGAAGGGUGAUCUGUGUGAAUUACCUGGUGGGCUUCUGUCCAGAAGGAAAAUCCUGUAAAUUUAUGCACCCUCGUUUUGAAUUGCCUAUGGGAGCUUCUGAACAGCCUCCUCUUCCACAGCAAACCCUGAACCAGACAAAGCCUGUGCCCACCAUCGGCCGCUCGUCGCUCUCUCUAAUCCAGCUGACCAACUCCAGUCCAGGCCAGCGGCCGCAGAACCACGCACCGAUGUCUGCUGCUCAGCAAAAUAACACGAUUGGCAACAGAGGGCCUCGGCCACUGGACCAGGUCACCUGCUACAAGUGUGGUGAGAAGGGCCACUAUGCCAACAAAUGUACUAAAGGCCAUCUCGCCUUCCUGAGUGGACAGUAACCUUCAUCCUUGAGGUCACCGCAGUGCUGUAGCUCAGCCACUCCCACGUGGGCAGAGGAGAGGAAGCCCCUUUGCUCCACAGGCUGAAAGACUUUAACUGCCAUUGUUGUGUGUGUCACUACAGACACUGGCAGAAGGAAAGAUAAACAAAGCUACAAUUUGUAAUUUCUGCCCACCGUGGAUGCAUAAAAAAAAGGGGGGGGGUCACAGUCUGUGUGGCUGUGGUUGAAUGACUUGUGGGCUAGUCUGCAUAGUUUUCUACAAUGUUUGUACUUUUCAGCACACUGAAUAUUUAAAUGUACAUCACACCCAGGGUCCAACAGAGGUGCAGUGCAGGAACAUGGUGCUGCUUCUUACAGGAUAUUCACAUUCACUCUGGUCAUGUGACUGCAUCAGUGACACCAAACCAGUGCUUCAAUUCUGCUAAUUCUAGUAAGUCUUGACAGUGUAAAUUAAAUAAAAAAAGUGAUAAAUGCCAGUGGGAAUGUAAAUUAAUGCUGUAAUCAAUCUGGUAGAAUUAAUCAGAACCCAAAUCCAUCCUACAAUGGUUUGGAUUGUUCAUUUUAAACUCUGGAAGUUGUUCAUUAUUUACCAGUUGUGCAUUGAGGCCCUGUAUUAAAUCUCAAUACACAUUAUUCAAUUUUUACUGAAGAGGAUGUGAGGGGGUACAGCAGUUUAGCUCAGAAUUGCAAGGUAUCUGAGAGGAUGCAUUUCAUGGUUUUGGACAGUCAGAGGAAACAGUCUGAACAUAUUCUCUUAAUCUGCACAGUGUGUACAAUAAAUGGUUCUUGUUAGAGAUUAACCUGUUAUGUACCUGAUACUUUCAUGUCACUACAACACCGAGCUAGCCUCAGUUUAUGAUGUGUUAUACGAAGGUGACACAACUCUAUGGAUUAUAUAGCCUACUAUAAACCUGAUAGCUGAGAAUUCUAACUUAACAGCUGAAUUGUAAAAGCAAACACAUGAUACCCAACAAUAAAUCUUUAUAUUGUUUAUUGGUCACAACAGUCACAUAUUCAACACAACAGAGAGCUGAGAGUAGAAAGCGCAGGGAGAACAAAGAGAUUCAAGUUCAACCCCUGAAGGUCUGAUGGCUGCUGAAGGGCCUUAGUGGUACUUCCUCCAGCGAUCAUGUUCUGGAAGAGAAGAUCCAGAAAUCAAAUGUAAGUCUGUUCUUCACAUUAGUGAGGUACUGAAGCUAGUUUGACACACACCGGAGUUAAAAACUAAA